AUGAAUAAUGGAAAAUCAACGACAAAUGCAUCUACAGUUCCUGAAAGUGCAGAAGGUCGUCGACGUAUCAAUAUCCAACAGAUGCAAAAUGUUCUUCUUAUCUGGUUAGAUAGUAACAUUGACGAAACAAAUCAUGAUUGUCAAAAUACUAUCACAAAACUACGACGUGCUGUGAACGACAUCAAUACAUAUACAAAUGGUAAUCAAUGCCUUGAAUUUAUUCAAACAAUUGUCGACAAGAAGAUAUGCAUGAUUAUAUCUGGAUCACUUGGACAACAUAUUGUGCCUCGUGUGCACAAUACGUCCCAAGUUGAUUCUAUAUUUAUCUUUUGUGGUAAUAAAAAAUAUCAUGAACAAUGGACCAAGGAUUGGCCCAAAAUAAAGGGUGUGUUCACAAAUAUUACACCCAUUUGUGAAGCACUCAAAGAAGCUGCUCAUCAAUGUGAGCAGAAUGCCAUUCCGAUGAGUUUCGUGGGAACAAAUAAAAAGUUGGAUCAAUUAGAUCCUUCUUUUAUGUAUACUCAAAUCAUAAAAGAAAUAUUACUAAGCAUAAAAUUUGAAAUGAAACACAUCAACGAUUAUCUUAGUUAUUGUCGUGAUGCUUUUGAAGGUAAUACAAAAGAACUUAAAAAUAUCCAACAGUUGGAAAGCCAAUACCACAACAAAACACCAAUUUAUUGGUACACCUGUCAAAUGUUCUUGUAUCCCAUGCUGAAUCGUGCAUUACGAUUGAUGGAUGGUGAUAUCAUUACACAUAUGGGCUUCUUCAUUGGUGAUUUACAUCGCCAGAUUGAACAAUUGCACAAGGAACAAUAUGCUGGUACAACUGCUGCUAACACCUUCACUGUUUAUCGUGGUCAAGGUUUAUCUACAGAGGAUUUUGAACAAAUGAGCAAAACUAAAGGUGGUCUUAUUUCAUUCAAUAAUUUCUUAUCUACCAGUAAAGUUUGCAACAUUUCACUGCGUUUUGCUCAAAAUGCUACAAUAAAUCCAGAUCAAGUCGGUGUACUUUUUAUGAUAAAAAUUAAUCCUACUCGAACAACAACACCAUUUGCUUCCAUUGCUGGUAUUAGUGAUUUUCAGAAGGAAGAGGAAGUCUUAUUUUCCAUGCAUAGCGUGUUUCGUAUCCAGGACAUUAAACAGAUGAGUGGAAAUAAUCAUUUAUAUGAAGUUAAUUUGGUACUGACUGCUGACAACGAUCCAGAAUUAAGCAGACUUACUGAUUAUAUUCAAAAAGCGAGUUUUUCAGGCUCGGAAGGAUGGUACAGCUUAGGUUCGGUACUAUAUAAAAUGGGUCAACUCGACAAAGCUAAAGACAUUUAUCAAGUUUUACUUGAUCAAACCAAGGAUGAUAAAAACAGGGCACCUAUUUAUGGUCAACUUGGUUUGAUCAAAAAGGAUCAAGGAAAAUAUAAAGAAGCACUUACAUUCUGUGAAAAAUCACUUGCUAUCUAUCAAAAAACUCUUCCUCCAAACCAUCCUCAUUUACCUUCUACCUGCAACAACAUUGGUGAAGCGUAUAGAAACAUGGGUAAUUAUCCAAAAGCACUUUCAUCUCAUGAAAAAGCCCUUGAAACCAAGCAACAUUCACUUCCUCCCAAUCAUCCUAGUUUGGCUUCUUCCUACGGAAACAUUGGUUUAGUGCAUUACAACAUGGGUGAUUAUCCGAAAGCACUUUCAUCUCAUGAAAAAGCUCUUGAAAUUCGACAACAGUCACUUCCUCCCAAUCAUCCUGAGUUGGCUAAAUCCUACAACAACAUUGGUAAUGUGCAUGAUAGCAUGGGUAAUUAUCCGAAAGCACUUUCAUCUUAUGAAAAAGCCCUUGAAAUCAAACAACAAUCACUUCCUCCCAAUCAUCCUGAUUUGGCUAUGUCCUUAGGAAACAUGGGUAAUACGUUCAACAAGAUGGGUCAAUAUUCAAAAGCGCUUUCAUUCUGUCAACGUGCUGUAGAUAUUGCACAACAAUCACUACCAUCAAACCAUUCGCACCUUCAAUGGUAUAGAAACAAUCUGGAAGAUGUAAAAAAGAAAUCAUAA